AUGUCGGAGCCGGAUAGAGAAGAGUCCAGUUUCUGGGACCGACAUGAGUUCAAGUUCUACCAGUAUGGCCAUGUCUAUGCCGUGAUCUAUGGCCAGGUGGUGAUCGAUUACAUACCCCAGAGACGUCUCAAGCGCAGCGUCAAAGUGCUGCUCAUAUUGUGGGGUCACCUGUUUAGCCUGCUCCUGAUUGUGGUGCUCCCCGGCUACUUUGGCUACCAUUUUCGCACUCUCACCGACGCCGGGGACCGUCGAUUGCAGUUGUUACUCUAUGUGAGCUUUGCAAAUACAGCCAUCAAGUAUGCCACGGUGAUUGUAACAUAUGUGGCCAAUACGGUACACUUUGAGGCAAUUAAUCAGAGGUGUACGCUCCAGAGGAUGCAACUGGAGCGAGAGUUCAAGGAUGCCCCCCGGGAGCCAAAGGAUCCCUUUGAAUUCUUCAUGUACUUUAAGUUCUGCCUGAUCAAUUUGAUGAUGAUGAUCCAGAUUAUUGGCAUAUUCGCUCAGUAUGGCGAGGGUAGCGAAAAGGAGGGCAUGGUCAGUCGGGUACGCGUCCAUUUUGCCAUCUAUGCCUUUGUCCUGUGGAACUAUACCGAAAAUAUGGCAGACUAUUGCUAUUGGAUCAAUGCCUCGGUGCUGAAGUACUACCGUCAGCUGAACCUCCAGCUGGGAUCACUCCAGGAGGAAAUGGUACGGCUGAGGCCCGGCGGAAUGCUUCUGCAUCGCUGCUGUGAGCUAAGCGAUCGCCUCGAGGAGCUGCGAAGACGCUGCACCGAGAUCAAUGGCCUCCAGAAGGAGAGCUUUCGCAUGCAUCAGUUUCAGCUAAUCGGACUUAUGCUGAGCACCCUGAUCAAUAACCUGACCAACUUUUAUACACUCUUCCACAUGCUGGCCAAGGAGUCACUGGACGAGGUCAGCUUUCCCGUUAUUGUGGGGUCUGCCUAUGCCACUGGUUUCUAUAUAGACACCUACAUAGUGACGCUGGUGAAUGAGCAUAUUAAGCUGGAGCUGGAGGGCGUGGCCCUGACCAUGCGACGAUUUGCAGAGCCACCAACGGGGGAUGAGAGGCUAACUAGAGAGAUAGAACACUUCUCUCUGGAGCUGCUCAACUGUCAACCUCCCAUGCUUUGCGGUCUUUUGCAUCUAGAUCGACGUUUGGUAUACCUUAUAGCGGUCACAGCAUUUUCGUACUUUAUAACCCUGGUACAAUUUGAUCUAUAUCUGCGCAAAAGGUCAUAG